AUGGCAAUCGAUUGCAGUCCCGGCGGUUGCCUACUGCCUCACUCUUGCCUCCUACCACCUCUACUUGGAUCCUCUUGCCAAAUUUCCCGGCCAAAGCUCGCCGCAAUCACUCGCUACUACGAGGCGUAUUACCACGUGGUCAAAAAGGGACAGUAUACCUUUCACGUCGCCGAGAUGCACAGGCAAUAUGGGCCCAUCGUCCGGACCAGUCCUUACGAGCUUCACAUCAACGACCCAGCCUAUUUUGAAACGCUCUACCGCCACGAGGGGCGCUGGAACAAGUACGACUGGUCUGUCGAUGGCCAGAAUGCCCUUGGUGCCAUCAUCUUUACACCGGACCACCACGAGCACAAGGCCCGUCGGGCACCGCUUAAUGCCUAUUUUCCAAAUCAAGGGUUGUCCACCAUCAGGACAUGA